UCCCUCGAGGGCCUGCCGCCAGGGACCGGCCUAGAAUAGUGCCACCCUGCUGCCGCCUGUCGCGCACUUGCUAACGGACUAGAGCUGGCCGGCCGCAUGGAGCCCGAGCUGGAGCACACACUGCCUGGGACCCUGACCUGGAGCCACAGUAGGGGUCCGGAGAGUCAAGAGAUGGACUUCUUAGAACAAGGAGAAAACUCAUGGCCACCACCAGCUGUGGCCACCACCAGCCCAGAAAGAACCUGUGCCAUCCGGGAAGUCAAGGCUUCCAGAUGGACGAGACAGGAGGCCGUGGAGGAAGCGGAGCCACCAGGUUUGGGCGAAGGUGCCCAGUCCAGACCAGCUGCUGAGUCCACCAGGCAGGAGGCCACAUUCUCAAAGGCCACACCCUUGGCUCAAGCUGUUCCCUUGGCUGAAGCGGAGACCUCCGCCACAGGGUGGGACCUGCUCUUGCCCGGCUGUGCAGCCUCAGCAGUGGGCUCCAGCACAGGUGGCCUGGAGCUGACCAUGGAGUUCCCAGCCCCAGAGGCCUGGGACUGUGAGUUCGAAGGCCUGGGGGAGGACAGGCCUCGGCCUUGCCCAUCCCCACAGGCCCCACUUCUCAGCCUGAGUUGGGAUGACGAGCUUCAGAAGCCUGGAGCCCAGGUCUACAUGCACUUCAUGCAGGAACACACUUGUUAUGACGCCAUGGCCACCAGCUCCAAACUGGUCAUCUUCGACACCACGCUGGAGAUAAAGAAGGCUUUCUUUGCCAUGGUGGCCAAUGGUGUGAGGGCAGCCCCUCUGUGGGACAGCAAGAAGCAGAGCUUUGUGGGCAUGCUCACCAUCACAGACUUCAUCUUGGUGCUGCACCGUUACUAUAGAUCACCCCUGGUCCAGAUCUAUGAGAUUGAAGAACAUAAGAUCGAGACCUGGAGGGAGAUCUACCUACAAGGCUGCUUCAAGCCUCUAGUCUCCAUCUCUCCCAACGACAGUCUGUUUGAAGCUGUCUAUGCCCUCAUCAAGAACCGAAUCCACCGCCUGCCGGUCCUGGACCCAGUCUCCGGCACUGUGCUCUACAUACUCACGCACAAGCGGCUGCUCAAGUUCCUGCAUAUAUUUGGUGCCCUGUUGCCCCGGCCCUCCUUCCUCUGCCGCACUAUCCAAGACUUGGGCAUCGGCACAUUCCGAGAUUUAGCUGUAGUUCUGGAAACAGCUCCUGUCCUGACUGCGCUGGACAUCUUUGUGGACCGACGUGUGUCUGCACUGCCUGUGGUCAACGAAUCUGGUCAGGUUGUGGGCCUCUACUCCCGCUUUGACGUCAUUCACCUGGCUGCCCAGCAAACCUACAACCACCUAGACAUGAGUGUGGGAGAAGCUCUGAGGCAGAGGACGCUGUGUCUGGAGGGAGUUCUCUCCUGCCAGCCCCAUGAGAGCCUAGGUGAAGUCAUUGACAGGAUUGCGCGGGAACAGGUGCAUAGGCUGGUGUUGGUGGAUGAGACCCAGCAUCUUCUGGGCGUGGUCUCCCUCUCUGACAUACUUCAAGCGCUGGUACUCAGCCCUGCUGGCAUCGAUGCCCUCAGUGCCUGAAACC